GGAUCCUCAAUUAAUAAGUUUACCCACGCCCAAAAACUCAAUAGCGAACUAACGACAACAGUCCGGAGCGCAGCGAGAACAUCGAUGUCGACGGUGGCGGAUGCAGUGAUCAAGGGAGCUGUUGGAGGGGCCGGCUUCCUCGCCAGCGCCUACACGCUUACCAAAUUCAUUGUAGCCACGCCCGUGAAAAUCGCGCCGCGUGGAGAUGCCGAGCACGAUGUGGACGUGGUACUGUGUUUCAACACGAAGAAGUUCUCGCAGGACGCGGUGGACUUCUUUGUCCAGAUGGUGGAGAAGCAGAGCCAUCUCAUCAUCGUCCCUAAGACCAAGAGCGUGCUACAAGAGCACGAAGCAGCCGACGAAAAGAAAGAAGAUGCUAAACCAGAAGAGGCCUAUUAUCUAUUAGGAGCCACACAUCAAACGCUUGUUGCUACUAAGGAGAAGAAAGAGCGGGCAUUGUAUGGUGACGUGAGCGAGGAGCCCGUCCCCGAGCACUUCUGCUCCGGAGACCGGAUUGACCUCAUUCUGUUUGAACUGGGGCGCUUGAAAGUGCACCCCACUUACUAUCGCCCUACAGGAAAUCAUGACAAAGUGGAUGAUGAUGUGGCUAUGAUGCCAGAGCCGUUCCAAGAUGAAGAACAUGGACUCCUCCUCCAACAAGCGAUGCAUUCCAAGCUCCUGACAGACCACUUCCCGUUGCACGACGACAAGGAACGCAGCGAGUUAGUGGAGAAGUGGGUGAGGGAGUGGACCAAGCCUCAGCCGAUCAAUACUGUGCGGUCGUACUUUGGCGAUGAAGUUGGUUUUUACUUCGGCUUCCUAGGGAUGUACACACAGUGGCUUAUGCCGCUGGCAGCGGUUGGCGUGUUGACUUUUGUGCUUGAUUUCUUCCCAAGUUGGGCAGCCUAUGGCCGCGGAUUGUAUUCACUGCUGGUGACGAGUUGGGCUACUGCGUUUUUGAAGUUUUGGAAGCGCCGCGAGAGCACCCUACGCAAUGAAUGGGGCAUAUCGACCUCAGACUCGCUGGCUCUGGAGCCCACUCGCACAGAAUUCUUUGGUGAAAAGCGCUUCGACCCGGUAGAGGGAUGCUACUACACUUUUUUUUCGUCUAAGGACCGCGCCAAACGCUACUUGGUGACCAUUUCGGCGACAAUGGCUGCGAUGGCUGUUGUAACGGUGUUGAUGAUCCUGUACUGCUGGAUGGAGGAAUGGUUCGCUAUUGCGUUUGUUCCAGCUACCGGAUGGGAUGGAUUUUGGGAGUAUGUGUACCUUGUGCCCUCCAUCAUUUACUCUAUCGUGGUGUUGUAUGUGGAUGCAAAGUACUCCGAGCUCGCAUCCUACCUGACGCAGUUUGAGAACCACCGCACUGAGAGUGAUUUUGCAAAUGCUCGCGUGUUGAAGUUAGCGUUGUUCUACUUUGUGAACAACUUUGGAUUCUUGUUCUACGUGGCGUUCAAGACUCGCGACAUGGUGUUGUUGGAGCAGACUUUAAGCUCUUUGCUGAUCACGAGACAGCUUUUGGGGAAUUUGCAAGAGCAAUUGAUGCCCUACAUGAGCAAAAGAUCAUCGUUGAAGGCUGAAGCCGGGAAGUUGGCCAAGGAAACUCACAACAAGAACGCAAUUGUCGCCAAGAUUGACGCAGAGCUCUUGUUCCCCACGUACGACGGGACUUUUGAUGACUACUUGGAGAUGUUUGUGCAGUUUGGGUACGUAUCCUAGCAAAAUAAAACAGUCAUAUCACCGCUGACCUUGAUCACCGAUCCUUUUAUGAAUGCAGACAAGUGACGCUAUUCGCAUCAGCGUAUCCUCUUGCCUCGCUGUGGAGUCUGUUCAACAACAUCAUGGAGAUUCGAAGUGACGGCUUCAAGCUCUGCGUGAGCUUCCGUCGAAGUCACCGAACGUCCACUCAAGGCAUCGGUACUUGGUACUAUGCCUUCAGUGCGCUAGGCUACCUAUCAGUGAUGACGAACUGUGCGAUUUUCGGGCUACACUCUGGCUUCCUGCACAGACUCUUCCCUAAAAUGUCGUUUGCCGGUUCGCUUGUGGCUGUCGCUAUUAUGGAGCACGCGAUGGUGGCUGUGAAGGUCUGUGUGGAGAUGUUCGUGCCCGACACGACCGCCGCAGUGGUUGAGGCGCACCGUAUGAGGCGCGCGUGGCUUCGCAAGAAGGCCUCGCUUCAAGUGGAGCUGUCAUCCCGUCAGCUAAUGCAGACUCAAGAGUCCGAGGGCGACGAGGUUAGCAAAGCCCCACCGUCCCAAGAGGAAAUUGCCGCGGCCGACGUGAAUGAGUGGCUGAGUCGGGAGAAGGAGCGUCGUUUGAAGCUCGAGCGCGAGUUGAAGAGCCUGAACGAUUUGUACAUGGGUUGGAUCCGCGAGGAGCAGACCAAGCGGAAGAAAACGGAGCUCAAGCUGGCGGCGCUCAUGGAGCACGUCAAGGCGCCGCUGCAUGGUAUGAAUGCAACCAAGGAGAGCUCGAAGUAAGUGAAGAGCGUAUUAAUAAGACAUGGGUAACCAGGGAUACCAUGUCAAAAAUGUACCCAUUUCGAAAACGUUACCUUCA